AGAGAAACAUUUCGGUCGGUGCAAAGAGUUUGUCGUCUAACUCAGGAAUUUUCAACAAAAAUUAACCUAUACUCAACAACAGAAGUAACCAUGGCGAGGUUUCUGUUGUUGGCUUUGUCUUUGGUUCUGAUCGGGUCCAGCCAUCAGAGCCUGGAUGAUAACGAGGUGGACGAGACGAAUCCGUUUUUGGAUAUAGCCGGAUCUUUGUUGGCUGGAGGCGAUAAAUCAGGGGAUUUGGGUAGUUUGGUGUCAAAUUUCUUGGAUUCGGAAGGCGGAAAACAGAUGGGACAGAUGCUGAUGUCUGGAGGCGCCGCAGGAGGCGCUGGACAGAUUCUGCAGGGAAUCGGAGCUUUGAUGGGACAGAACGCAGGUGGAGGAGGAAUUGAUUUGUCGAUGAUCGGUAACGUGAUCGGAAUGCUGAAUCAAGGGGGAGAGAGUGGAAAGAAAUCCGGAGGAUUCGAUAUUUCCAUGAUCGGAAAUCUUUUAAGCAUGAUGAAUCAAGGAGGCGGUGAACCGGCGAAAGAGAACCGCGCAAGGAAGAACGAGGGUUUCGAUCUGAGCAGCGCGAUGAAUUUGGCUAGCAGUUUCAUGAGCCAGGAGGGCUCUUCCGAUAUGACGUCGUACCUUCCGGUCGUGAUGAAUCUGUUCAACUCGUUCGUCGGUCCGGAAGCCGAGGAGAGGGCUCAUUCGCACGCCGAUCACGCCUGGUAUCUUCCGCCGAUCGUCGAGAAGCUGCACGUCUUCUUCGAUCAGUUCUUGAAUUCCGACAUGGGCAAGGGUUUCGUCACCAAAUUGGGAGCGGAGAAGUUCAUGAAGAUCUUCAGCGACGGCGAGGGCAACUUCAGCGUCAGGAAAUUCGUCGACCUCCUCGAGAACCGUUCCUUCAGAAGGCACUGGAUCAAAAUCGUCACAGGUCGUCUUGCUGAGAUGCUCUCCUUCAUGGCAGAUCCCUACACGCAAAAGAAAUACUUAUCGACCGGUCAAUUCUUCGUCAACAACUUCCUGAAGGGUCAGGGCGUUCCGAAAUCCGCCCUCUUCGAUCCGAAGAGACCCACCGAAAGCAUAGCCGCUCUGAUCAACUAUUUCCCUAUGAAAUACAUGAACCUGAAGGUGGACUCGAUGGCCGCUAUCAAACCGGCCGUGGAAUACGCGCAAGAGUUGAUCCGAUUGGCGGAGAACAAGGGAUUUCUGGGAAGGGCGAUCGAUUCCACGGAGCUGACGCACAAGUUGACUGACACGAUCAAUUUAGAGAUUCUGGAGCCGAUCGCAAGGGUCAACAGGGCGAUGAGGUUCGCGCAGAAGAUACCCGAGUGCAGCAAGUACGUCUUCUGCUUAGCCAACGAGCACGAGGAUCACGAAAACUUGAGUCUUCCCGGACUCAAGAGAUCACUCAGCAAAGGAGCCACCUUCAUCGCAAGUUGGUACUUGAGCAGCGGCAAUUCCAAUUCCGAAUACAUGAAUAUUUAUAUGGAAACCGUCGAUGGACAAAGAUGCAAGUCUCACUACACCGACAAAUGCGAAGGGUUCCAUCUGGAGGAACUUAAAGUAACCACGGAAUACGUGCACAACGAGUUGUAGGAAAAAAAAAACAAACAAUUGAUCAAUAAACAAAAGAAAAGGAUCACCCAGGAGACGCGAUCAUCUUCAAUUUCAACAUUUACUCAAUCGAUAUGCCAUCAAAAGUGAAGAUAAUGAGCAGGAAAAGAAGAAGAAACGGAAGCAACUCUUUUGCCGCAUAUUAAUUGAGCGAAUGCAUAUAUUUUGUUUUUUUUAAAUUAUUAAUCUUUGCCACCUCUGUAAAUACUAUUAUAUUUUUAUCGAUGUUGACGGAGAGCGA